AUGGACCCUAGAGAUAAAGAAAAGUCCAAACUUGUUCAUGCAGCCCGGAUGAAUACCACCGAUGCGGCGUACGGUCGAGAACGACGCACCGUGUACCCUGAUACAGCUCAUGGACGUACGCUCAAGGCUCGUGGCCAAGCAGCCCACAAACACUAUCGGACUCUUACCCACGCAUCAAACAGCAUAAACGAAGCUUACAAAGCUCUCUAUGAGAAAGAGAGGAGGACGUUCCUCAAGGACUACAGGCCUGCUGAGUUCAAGGAGGAGAAGGCUUUCUAUGAGAGAAACAGGGCAGGCUUGUUACCUGAUCAACAUGCAAAGCUUGUCGAACCUGCUCGGGAAAUACAUGAGGCUAGUCUCGAGUUCGUUGAGAAAUUAUCCCUGAAUCAGGCUUGA